CGCCAGCGAAUGGCCCAGCCACCCACUCCGCCCAAGGAGGAACCCGAACCGGACUUCUUCAGUGUGAGUUGGUACUCAGGCAAUGGGCGCGGAUUACGCAGAUUGCGCCGCUUGCACGGCCCAUAGUCGUAGCCCAAUUGUAGGGAUAUUCACGCUCGCUGAUGGUGGGAUAGUGGGCUAUGUUGGGGCUAAAUGGCGACAUCCCCACCUGUACACGUAUCUAGGUGACUUCGGCGUGUUUACCCUAUACCCUAUCAACUGCACAAGUUUGUAUGUGGGCCAUAAUCACGUCAUAAAGAUUAGCAGCCAUAGAAAACGACAGGAGCUGACGCCCACCAUCAAGCCGCAGAUGAAGUUCUACCUGGAGGAUCCAUCCACGAGUGCGGCGACCAGCCAACAAAGUGACUUUUCAAGACUGCAGGCCCAGGACUUGGUGCCAAUUAGCGUAAAUGCCGAUCUCGAGGACUGGGUGGAUGAUAAUGCCGGCGGCUGGGAGGAGCUGGACACCUCCCAGACCAAGCACAUUCUGCGUGAGAAGCGUCGUGAGUUGCGCCAUCAGCGACAGCCGCCCGUCCGCCCGGCCCCGCCCACUGUGGGCGCUCAGCGACUGACCGCCGGACAGCGAGCGGCGUAGUUGUAGCUGCACCAGCCCCUAGCCAACCUCACCAACCUCACCAGCCUCACCCACUCUGACCAUUCCACAACCGACCACCUGCAUUCUGUUUCCCCUUUCUUUUGUUCGAUUUAGUUGAUUGGCUACACGAAAUAAAUCUUGCCUUUCACUCGCACUUCCCUCCUCGCGGAUCAGUUGGGCCACACUUCCUGAUGGCUCUGCGGUUUGGACGCGCUCCAUUGGACCCGCUUCCAUCUGCAGUGAAGUGAAGUGGCGUGCAGUCGAGUCAGGCCGAGUGUCGAGUCCAUAAAAGCGACGGCAGGCGACGGAAGUCGCAGAUUUCUAUGCGAUGCUGUUGCCGGAGCUGCUGCUACUCGGCUUGGCCGUCUCCCUGGCGGACAGCUACGACCGAAGCGUCAACUACUGGGAGGCCUUUGCGCCCGGCAAGCUGCUCCAGCGCCUGGACGCUCUCACCGUCACGGAUGUGGACCAAUCGAAGGUGGUCAAACUGCCGCAGUUGAUGCAGCCCAUCCUGCCAGCCAACGAAGCGCAGGCCAAGGUGGAUGAGGACGUGGACGUGGAUGUUGAGACGGAUGCAGAGGCGGCGGCCGUUGACGAUGUGGACAGCCUUAGUGCGGAGACCAGCCACGAGGGCUACUCCGGCGAGGACAACUACGAGCGCAACUACGAGCAGUUCGUCAAGGAGUACUUCGAUCGGGCUGCCGACGACGAUGACCACGACGAAGGCGAAGGCCUGGUGGAGGAGGAGGAGGAGGAGACCCAGGCGGAGGCCACCAAUGUCAGGGAUCAGCGCUGCCGGCAGGUCAAACGGAAGGAUGGCCAGCUGUGCGAGAUCUGUCGCCAGUUGAAGAACAACGAGGUGUCCGAAACGUGCAGCUACUCGCACGACGACCAACCGCAGCAGUACGCCUAUGGCAGCGGCAGCCAGUACAAGCGUUACCGCGACGAUCCCGCACAGAAGGCGGAUCAGGAGCAGGCCGAGCCGGUGGCGCCCAGCAGCCUGUGCGUGCGCCGCCAGCAGAAGAACAGCGUCUGCUACGAGUGCAAGGACAGCAAGGGCCAGAAGAUCGAACGCUGCUACGAUGUGCAGGCCCGCAAGGCCAAGACCCGAAAGACGAAGGCCUCCUCCACCCGUCAUCCGUCCAGCUCCGUUCACAAACGUAAGCCGCGUUCCCAGCAGUCGCAGCAGUCGGAGCAGGAGCAGCGCAUCUACAAGCGCACCAUUAGCUACAGCUAUGCCCAGGGCACGGAUCAGCAGGGGCCGCGGUCGGAGCAGCCGGCCGGCGGGACAACGGAGCUCCCAGUGCCACGCCAGCGUCGCCGGCGGCUGGUGAAGAUUACGCGUCGGCGCGGACCGGCUAAAGUGCAAUAAAAAUCGUGUUUUCAUUCGCAUGACUCAAUGUAUACCCCACUCGUUAGCUUAGAUUGAUUACCACACACAUUUUUUUUUUUUGUUACAAUAAAUCAUUCUGUAAGAACACAUUGCAUACUUGUGGGCUAAUCAGCUGGAAGAGAUUAAGAUCACGAUUAGCUAGAAAAAGGUUUUUUAUCCCAAAAAUCUUCGAAUAUCAGUAGGUGAAGUUCCGAAAUAUGAGGCACUCUUGUGGAUUUUUAUACACAUCUACUAUUAGCAUAGGCAUUUCGAAAUAUUUGCUUGCUUUUGAGUUUGUUUUAAGCCGGAGCUCAAGAUUCAUUAUAAAAUUUGAUAUGAAGUGUAAUUGUGGCAAUGGCAAAGUAUGGAACAAUUGUAAGACAUAUGAACAACAAGGAUAUAUGCAAAAUAAAACCAUGAUUCAAUGUUAAUAACU